AUGUUUCGAAAUCGCGUCGAAGAGCAGCAUGACGCGCCAUGGGGUCAUCGCUGGCGAUCAUCCGAUACUUUUAUUAUAAGUACGAUGAGUCUGGCAUUGUUCACUGAUGAACUGCUUUUUGCCUUCAUGAUACCUUUGCUACCUACUUUGCUGGAGCAUCGAAUCGGUUUAGACCCAUCUCUUACCCAGAGGUACACAUCCAUCUUUCUUAUGGAAGGAGCAUUUGUUUCUAUAGUCUCGAGUCCAGUCAUUGGGGCGAUAGCCGACGCGAUCUCCAACAAAAAGACGCUCUUACUGACCCUCCUUAUACUGGCUUUGAUCAGUACGGCUUGCUUAUCACUCACAACCCAGUUGGUGUGGCUGUUUGUUGGUCGACUCUUCCAAUGUAUCACUAGCAAUGCAUUGUGGAUUAUAGGAAUGGCAACUAUGGCUGAGAAUCUUGGAACAGAGCACAUGGGCAAGAUCGCCGGUCUCACUUCCACACUCACAGCUGCAGGCACCACCGCCGGGCCGGUACUCGCAGGUCUAUUGUUUGAAGCGGGAGGGUACUGGUGCGCGUGGGCAGGCGCGGCUGCGUUUCUCCUGGUGGAUAUCAUAAUGCGUCUCUUCAUGAUAGAAAAAACUGUCAAACUUCGGCGAGCAGUGGAGGUCCAGGAGAGAGAGCCUUUGCUACAAAAUGGCUCGCCCACCGUCGCCGGAGAACAGUCCAAUCGGUCAAUUCCUUCGGAGCUGAAGGGAUGGCGUUUCCACAUUUGCCUGCUCCGCGAACCGCGUUUCUCUGCGGGGAUUUUCUGCGCUUACGUUUUCGCCGUACUGAUUGGCUGUUUCGAAAGUACUCUGGCAGUACAUGUGCGAAGUGCAUUUGGAUGGAGAGCCCUUCAUGUGGGAUUGCUAUUCACCUUAAUCCAGGGCCCUGGCAUGAUGUUGGCAGCUCCAGUCGGCUGGAUGAAAGACCGGAUAGGAUCGCGAACUCCGACGGCGGUGGGAUUCUUUGCCUUGGUGCCCUUUGUCGUAGUCUUGGGUAUUCCUGGUGACAAUCUCUUCUCAUGGGCAAAAGAUGAAGCUUUGGAAAAGAUCGUCUACGUGGGUUGCAUGGCAGCUAUCGGAUGUUUGUUGUCCCUCCUGAACGGGGCAGGCUCUAUUGAGGCAACUGAAGUGAUUGAUAAACUUGAAGCGCGUGAACCCGGUAAAUUUGGUCCCAAUGGGGGCUAUUCUCGCGCCAUAGCUGUGACUAGCAUGACCUGGAUGACUGGGUUGAUGACCGGUCCUCUUUUGGCGGAGAUCGUGGUCGGAACCUUCGGAUACUUCGAGCUGCAAUGUUGUCUUGGGUCCCGUUUACUGAUCGUUCUAGGGGUCAUAUGCUUGAUAGCAGGUGGCGUCGCUCUGUUCUUCUUGGGCUCCCGCAGCCCGAAGUCUGUAGAGCAGCUAAGUGUGUGA